GUGGAGGAGGAUUAGACCUGGGGGAGGGGAAGCAGAGGAAGGGACUUCUCCCUCUCCGUAGGGCCCCAACGCUAACCUAAUUCCCAUGUCUCCCCAGCUACAGGAGGGCCCCAGCCCAAGCAUACCCCACCUUCCAGUCCUGCAGCAGCUGUCUAUACAGCACCCAUGCUGCUGAGGCUGUGCUGAAUAAGGCUGGGGCAGGGACUGUCUCACAGACCAUAUCCAAGACUAAGUUCCCCCCAGAGGAGUCAAAGUCUUUUGCCAUGGGGAUGUUCCAGGGUCGGAUCAGCACGGAGCAGGUCUUCCCCUACCCCUCGGUGCUGACGGAAGAGCAGGCCCAGUUUCUGAAGCAGCUUGUGGGACCCGUCAGCCGCUUCUUCCAGGAAGUGAAUGAUCCAGCAGCCAACGACUCACUGGAACAGGUGGAAGACCGUACCCUGCAGGGGCUGAAGGAGUUGGGGGCCUUCGGGCUGCAGAUCCCACCCGAGCUGGGGGGGCUGGGGCUGAGUAACACCCAGUAUGCCCGGCUGGUGGAGAUCGUGGGGAUGCAUGAUCUGGGUGUAGGUAUCACGUUGGGGGCCCAUCAGUCCAUUGGCUUCAAGGGGCUGCUGCUUUAUGGCACCCCCCAGCAGAAGGAGAAGUACCUGCCCCGCUUGGCCACAGGAGAGACAAUCGCUGCCUUCUGCCUGACCGAACCGGCCAGUGGCUCGGAUGCCGCCUCCAUCCGCACCACGGCCCGACCCAGCCCCUGCGGCUCCUACUACACCCUGGACGGUGGCAAGAUCUGGAUCAGUAAUGGGGGGCUGGCUGACCUCUUCACUGUCUUUGCCAAGACCCCUGUGAAGGACGAGGCGACGGGUGAGGUGAAGGAAAAGAUUACAGCCUUCAUUGUGGAGCGAGCAUUUGGGGGGGUCACCCAUGGCCCUCCUGAAAAGAAGAUGGGGAUCAAGGCAUCAAACACAGCUGAGGUGCACUUUGAGGGUGUGCGAGUGCCGACAGAGAAUGUACUGGGACCACUAGGUGCCGGGUUCAAGGUGGCCAUGAACAUCCUGAACAAUGGGCGGUUUGGCAUGGCGGCCGCCAUGGCUGGCACCAUGAGGGGCAUCCUUGGCAAGGCUGUGGAGUAUGCAGCCAAUCGCACCCAGUUUGGGGACAAGAUCCACAAUUUUGGAACCAUUCAGGAGAAAUUGGCACGUAUGGCCAUGCUGCACUACGUCACCGAGUCCAUGGCGUAUAUGAUCAGCGCUAACAUGGAUCAAGGGGCAACCGAUUUCCAGACCGAGGCAGCCAUCAGCAAAAUCUUUGGCUCGGAAGCCGCCUGGAUGGUGACAGAUGAGUGUAUUCAGAUCAUGGGAGGCAUGGGCUUCAUGAAGGAGGCUGGUGUGGAGCGGGUGAUGCGGGAUCUCCGGGUCUUCCGGAUCUUCGAGGGCACCAAUGACAUCUUGCGACUCUUUGUGGCUCUGAAUGGCUUCCAGAGUGCUGGGAACCGGCUGCGUGUGCUGCAGAGGGCCCUGAAAACUCCCCUGGGGAAUGCUGCACUGCUGUCCCGGGAGGCUGCAAGCCGCUUGCGCAGGACAGCUGGACUGGGCUCUGGACUCACCCUGAAAGAUGUGGUGCACCCUGAUUUGGACCCCAGUGCAAAGCAGCUGGUGCAUGCUGUCGAUCUCUUUGGAGCCACAGUGGAGGGGCAGCUGCUCAAAUAUGGCAAGAAGAUCAUUGACGAGCAGUUCGUGCUGAUGCGGGUGGCAGACGCAGCCAUCGAUCUCUACACCAUGGCAGUGCUGCUCUCCAGGGCAUCACGCUCCCUGGCCCAGUCCCACCCCACUGCCCAGCAUGAGAAGCUGCUCUGUGAGACAUGGUGCGAUGAGGCCUACAAGCGUCUCUCAACCUCCCUGAGUACGUUGAACACGGAUGGCGCCCGGCAGACCUUCCGGAAUCUGCGGGGCAUCUCCCGGGCCGUGGUGGAAAACGGUGGUGUGGUCUCUCCCAACCCAUUGGGCUUCUGAGCCCUGACACUGCUCUGGCAGAGGCAGGAGGUGCAUCUUGGAAACUCUGAUCCCAAACUGCUCCCUCCCCAUGCUUCCCAGCAUACACUUCUGCACCCUACCCAGAAUGUCUGGGAAUGUGGGGGAGAUCAAACAGUGGGGCACCGUACCUUUUUUCCUACCCCUAAUGAGCUCUGCCUAACAUGCUACCUGCAGGACAUAGCUCUUCUUGGGAAAUGCCUUAAUGUGUUCCCGUUGAAGGAGGGGAGAAAUAUUUGUUUUGAGGCUCCCCAGGACACUGGGGAAAUAUUUGUUUUGAAGCUGCCCUGGUGCAAAUGGGAAAAAAUUUGCCUUGUAGCAGAAGAGAAAUGUCUGUUUUGAGGUUACCCUGGAGGAGGGGGGAAACUGUUCUGAGAGGUGGAAGGUCUGUUUCAAGGUUCCCCAAGGAGGGAAUUAUAAGGCUCCCUUCUCCCCCAGGGAGAGAGCUGAACUUUAACCAGACGUGAUUGCUUUAUGUUCCCCCUAUGACGGUUGGUUUUGGGGUGGAAGGGUGUGCCAGGCUACAGUGUGGGGUUGCCUACAAAUCUUGCACCCGUGGGAGAAAAUCAGAGACCCUGGAUACUGCCUUCCAAGCAAGGGUGCCCCUGGAAAUGGGAUGACACUGAUUCCAGCCAGCAUCGGCCAUACAAGGGGAAACCUGCCCAGCUGCCCUCUGCACCCGCAAUGUUUCCUUGUCAGUAAACACAAUAUUUUGGAUGACUGGAUGCCCUAGA